AUGUAUACGUCGCAACGACAACUACGACAAAAUGAGAGCCCGAUUUCAUCGCCAUCACGUUCGUCACAGCCUUCCUCCGGCACGCCAUCGCCAUUAUCUGGCUCUCCAGCAUCGAAUCACAGCUAUGGAAGGGAUAUGCGAGGCAUGGUAGGAAUUGAUAUACCUGCUAACGAGGCGGCGCCGGAGAGGGUGAACAGCAGCGAUACGCUCUACUUCAGGCCCAAGAAGAUUUACCAGAUGGAACAUGAGCAUCCAUCGCGGUCUACUCUCGUGCAGCUGCAUAGCAAACCGCACCCAGAAGAUUCCGCCAGUAGCUACAAGAAUGCUAAUGCUGAUGCUGGGCGUGGUGGCGUUGAGUCGGGAAAGUCGUGUGGCAAGCAGCCUUUACACACGAUGGGGGCAGAGUACGUCCCAGAUUUGGACUUCACAAAGCUAGUUGAUGAUUGGCAAAAGUCCAGUGACGAUUUUUACGAGUUCAGAAACAGUGCUACUCCGCAGGUGGAAAUUAAAAACGAUAGUAAAGGCAACUAUGAACUUUGGAACUCUCCAGAGGCAAUAUUGGGUCGACACCAACUUAGAAGAGACAGUUUUUCCCAGGGAAAUAGCGAUUCAAUGAGUCCAGAAGGCUCUCUCUUAUCGAGAGAUUUGCACUCUAAUGUCAAGCCUAUCCCUUUACCCAGGAAUAGUCAACCAAUAUUCACACCGCUUUCCAACUUGGAAGCGGAGAGACGAUCCUCGUAUACAACUAGUAGCAACAACAACAGCAUUACACAAAGUAAUAAACUUCCCUUCGCCAAAAUGAAGUACUCACUCCCAAUUCAAGGCACGACAGUUCCUGCAUCCUUUGAUUCGAACGUUUCAUCCUUGAAUUUCCUUCCCACAACCACAUUAUCGACAUUAUCAGAACUACAGCUAAGCCCCAAUGCUAUGGUAGAUUUGAUUCAGAAACUGCCCAGGAAUUUUUUAAAUUUGCCCUACUCACAAAGGAAAAAGGUGAUGAUUGAAUAUGCACCACACCAGGACUACAAAGCCCUGAUGUCAUUGGUGAAAAAGUUCAUGCUAACAUCUUCAAAGAGUAAUUUCUCUCUCACUGGGUUUGUCAAUAAUGCUCCAGCUACUGAGGUCACCACUACCAAUAGCAACAACAAUUUUCAAAAUACUAGCAGGAAUCAGUCCAAUAACGGCAACGAUAACAAUGCAAAUGCGCGCCCACCUCAGCGAUCUAGGCAUGGCUCAAUUGCAUCUCAGUUUUUGAGCUCAUUUUCACCUUCCAUGACUUCAAUAGCAAACAUGAACACCAAUUCAUUGAGCGGCUGCGCCAGCGGCAGUGUGAGACCCGAUGAUAAAGGUAUGGAAAUAUUAGGACACCGAUUAGGUAAAAUUAUAGGUUUCGGGGCAUGGGGUAUAAUACGUGAAUGCUUCGAUAUCGAGACGGGUGUCGGAAGAGUGAUAAAAAUUGUGAAAUUCAAAGGCCAUGCAAAAAUCAAGAGGCAGGUGUUGAGAGAAGUAGCCAUAUGGAGGACUUUAAAGCACAAUCGAAUACUUCCCCUUUUGGACUGGAGGCUUGAUGAAAACUACGCAAUGUACUGUUUAACGGAAAGGAUCAAUGAAGGAACCUUGUAUGACUUGGUGAUAUCCUGGGAUGAAUCCAAACGCUCUAAAAUAUCAUUUGCAGAGAGAUGCAAAAUGACUAUUUUUUUGAUUUUGCAGCUACUAUCUGCUUUGAAGUACAUGCAUUCCAAAAAGAUUGUUCACGGUGACAUUAAAUUAGAAAAUUGUCUUUUACAAAAAGGACAUAAAAAAUCAGAAUGGAAGGUGAUUCUAUGCGACUUUGGAAUGAGUUGUCAUUUCGAUGACAAACAUCCCUACCGCAACGAUACUAAAGAUAAAAGUAUCAACAGUAGCAAAAGAUCUAGAAACGAAAGCGGAGAAGAAACAAGUUUGGUUAAAUAUCCCACAACUAACUUUCUACCUGAUGAACUAACCAACGACUUUGACGUAAAUGAAGACCUCAAAUAUCAGUUUAAAAAUCGGAAAUAUGAUUCCUAUACACCAAAAAAAGUGGCCAGCUCUAGCUCUUAUUCACUAAAGCCUCUUAACUCACCAUCUUCAUCAUCUUCCAACCUAUUUCACAAGCCGGCCUCUCAACCACAGCCACAACACCGAUACCCGUUUCAUGGGAGACACAAUACUACAGUUUUUCCAAAUUUGGGACCCGAGCCUUCCAAGUAUAUCGGAUCCUUACCUUACGCUUCCCCAGAGCUUUUAAAGUACUCGGACACAAGACGCUCGAAGUCGGUUGACUUGCAUAUUUAUGAUUCGCCCGACUCUUCUCAAUCAGAAAUUAGCGCGGCAUCCUUAUCUUCCUCUAACUCGUCCUCUACAUCAUCGACUGGAAAUGCAUCCAUGAACACCAAGCCUGGUGUAGCUAAAAACUCACCAUCGAGUUCUCUAAUCGAUGAACCAUGUAACACUUCUCCUUUAGGGCCAGCGUCCGAUAUUUGGGCAUUAGGAGUGAUGCUUUAUACGAUAUUAGUAGGAAAGUUACCAUUCAAUCAUGAAUUCGAACCUAGACUACGCUCUUUAAUUAAAUCAGGCGAGUUUGACCGGAUUUCGUUAGCUCAAGUCUGUAAAUAUGACAAGAAAAGCACCGAAGAAACCAUGUUUCAAGGGUUGUAUGACACAGUUAUUGGAUGCUUGACGAUUGAUUUAGACAAAAGGUGGAGUCUCGAGAGAAUAGAGGAGGUCUUUCAAAACGAAAUAAAACUAAAUGAGUCCAUUUACGAUGAUAAUGAUUUAUGA